AAAGCACGUUGCCGAUAUAAUUUUCUUACAAUAGAGCAGCUCCUUUCUCCAUGCAGUUGUGUAGUGUAGUGUCGCCUGACAGCCGAUCUAUUCGGACCUAGUUAAUCGUGCUUGCAGUAUUUUCCCAACCUUGAUAAGUCAUGGCUCGUGGACAACAAAAGAUUCAGUCUCAGCAGAAAGCCAAUGAGAAGGCUGCCAAAGCUAAGAAGCAACAGGGUCACAGUGCAAGUGAGCAAAAAAAAGCUGCGAUGGCUGCUUUAGUACAUGUUUGUGCUGUCUGCAAGUCCCAAAUGCCAGAUCCCAAAACCUACAAACAGCAUUUUGAGAACAAACACCCCAAAAACCCAUUGCCUGCUGACCUACAGGAUGUAGCUGCCUAACUUCAUCAUGGCAAAUUGCAAGACGGGGCCAGAAAUCACCGUCUCUCAUCAUCUUUAUAUCCAUAAUUUCACAAGUAAUUGGGGUAUGGGAGGAGCUGCCAUUCUUUACCUCUUGUUGGCCAUUCCAACAAUGGCAUGAGAAUAAACCCUUUAAAUACUA